AUGGCGACUCGGCGCCAAAAGAAACAGGCCUCCGAUGGUCCUUCAAUACCCCUUGCCCGUGUCGAACGCAAUACAGCAGCGCCUGCGGGCAAAACGUUAUAUGAGAUUGCUGCAGAACGGCAGGCCGAGUUGCUUGCCUCACAAGGACAACAAUCAUCAUCCAGUGAUGGGAAGUCACCGCCCAAAAUGCAAUAUGUCCAUAUGAAUGCAGACGGUGAAAUCGUCCACUCCCCCAUCCAAGGCACACCAGAAGCCACUUCAAAAGCAGCAGAAUCAGAUGGCACCGAGUCACUACCGCCGCUAGCGGACACUAUUUUUCUCUCCCUAUCGCUUUCAUGUAUUCAUUUUACUCUCUCAUUCCUCGCCGCGCAUCAGUUUGCCCAGGAUAUCGAGCUGAAUAGGAUAAUAUUUGAAACUGUGGUUGUUGCAUUUCCGGUUAUGACCUUGCUCAUUCAUUUCGUCCACGGGCAUAUGGUGCCCUUUCCUAAAUUAUCGUGGAGAUCGUUGGCUUUUUGGUCGGGCAAAAAGACCGCGAGCAAAUCAUCUGGACAACUCGCGACGAGAAAAUCCCUUAUAUUGGCCUUAUUUCCGCCUACUCCCCAGAAUGUCAUAUUUUUAACAUUUUCCAUCUUUUUGGGUUCAAGACUGAUUACCAUGGCGAAUGAGGCAUCUUAUUAUGCUGCCAUGAAGAAAACUCCUGCUCUCGGUACAUUAUGGGUGUGGGCAGUUGUGGAGAUGACUGCCGGGUUUUCUGUCUUGGGUUUGGCCGUUCCGGUUGUGUGGUCAGUAUGGUGGAAAGGGCACGCACUCUGGUAG